AUGGGCGACCGCGCGCCGGAACAGGACUCGUUUCGGAAUGAGCCUCAAUGCUACAAUUGCGGCAUCACCGGCCACCAGACGAUUGCAUGUCCGGAGCCAACCCGGGCCGUGCCAGCAGGCCUUGAAGCUCACCGCAAACGGCAGGCGUCCAAGGACUACAACGGCAUCAACCGUAGCAAUAACAACAAUAACAACAACCGCAACAGCAACAGCAACAGCAACAGCAACCGUGGCGGCCGCCAUAGUUUCAGCAACCACUCCGGCCCGGCUUCCGCGCAGAACCGGCACGCGAACGGCAUGGUCGUCACCCGCUACCCGCCGCCGCCGGGCCCCAACGGUCCGCACAUCACACACUACUCUCAACCAUCGCGGCCUCCACAGCCACCGCCGCCCAUGACACAAGCUCCCCCCCCUCCUCCGCCUCCGUCUCUUCCGCCACCUCCACCGCCACCCCCGUCCGGUGGCGGCGGCGCUCCGUCGUACCAUCAUCCGCCGCACCAUCCUCACCCAUCGCCAUAUCAUGCCCAGACGGGCGCAGAGUCUUGGUCGUAUCCUCCACAGCCGUCGUCAUACAGCGGCGGCCAAUACACGCCGACCGGCGGUCCUCCGUCUGCACCGGCAUCGGCGCCGCCCGGCUUCCCAUCGUACGACUCGUACAACCAACAUCACCAACAACACCAGGGGCCGCCUUCUGGUCCGACCUCUGCUGGAGGACCACCGCCUCCGCAUGCACCAUACUACAACCAACAUUAUGGCCCGCCGCAGGCCGACUACUUUCCUCAGGCUCCGCCAGGCGUGACCGGACCGCCGCCGCCACCGCCGCCAUCGGCACAAUAUGGCGCCCACAACUAUCAUCCGUCUCUCCCACCAUACCCUUCUCACACGCAGCCACAGAAUGGCUAUCCUGGUAGUCAGUCCGGACCACCAGGCUCCUACCCGCCGCCGCCAGCUUUCCAUUCUUUGCCAGGAGGCGAGCCGGGCCAGUAUCCCGGCCCGGCUGUGUUGUCGGCACCCGCUGCUGUACCGGCAUUCCCACAUGGAAAUGGUGGAAACGGUGGAAACGGUGGAAACGGUGGAAGCGGUGGAAGCGGUGCCAAUGGCAACAAUUCGUGGCGUGCAAAUAAUUCCAACAACAAGCUUGGUGGGAGCAGCUUUGGCAACAAUUACAACAACCAGAACAAUCAGAGCAACCGUGGUAGCCACCGUGGCGGUGGCUUUGCAAGAGGGCGCGGCGGCCGCGUGCCGAGUGGACAGUUUCACUCCAACAGUACACCGGCUGCUGGAUCACCGCCUACGACUGGUCUGGCCAUCCCGAGCGGCCCAAGUAGUGGUAGUGGUGGCGGCGGCGGCGGCGGCGGUGGUGGUGGUGGUUUUGGAGGCACACCAAACGGUGCGAGUCAAGCGGAUAAGUCGCCGUCGCAACCCGACACAGUCCACAAGCCAGCACUGCCACCAUCGAACUCGAGCAUGGUGCACAAACUGCCGGAACGGCCACCAGGAAUGCCUGCCAAGCCGCCGACACCCAUCUCCAUGCCCUACAAGGCUGGCGGAAGGCCGGGUGCGGCGAGACACGAAGGCAAGCCGUAUGAAUCGCCAAGCACACAAUCCGGCGCCGACCACCACGACACGAGUGCAGGCCUCCUCCACCAGAAGCGCGGCCGUGACGACUACUUUUCUCGAGACGUAGACCGUGGCGAUGCCAAAAGGACGCGACCGUCACCGGCCUUUGGCUCACCCCAUAGCCAUAGCCAUAGUCAUAGUCAUAGCCACAGCCACAGCCAAAGCCACAGCCAUCAGGGCCCCAUGACGCCGGCAUCACCCACAAGCGACCGUUUCGUCAACAACAUCCCGACAGGACCACGAAAUGGUCCAAAGGGACACCCGACCUUGCCGGGGCCGAAUGGCCUCGCCUCCAAGCUGCCUGGUGGUCUGCCGGGCGGUAUACCCGCAAGUCUACCCGCUAACCCGGCCUGGGCCAAUCGAACGAUCAACAACCGCAUUCUGAGCUAUGGCCAGAAGCCGGGAGCAUCCGGUCCAUCCGCAGCGCCCGAGCCGCCUGCGCCUUCACCGGGUUCCCACCACCACAGUCACAGCCACGGCCACGGCAGCACAAACGGCACGAAAGCGACCAGCAUCCCAACAGGCCCGCGCCUUCUCUCGGCCGGCCCCGUCCCCAGCAGCCUUCCGUCCCGCCCUCCGCCGGUCCUGAAGGGUGUCGUUGGUGCCCAUGGCCGCAGCGCCAGCACCAGCGCCAGCCGCAGUGGAGGCACACGCAGCCGCACCUUCUCCCGCAGCCGGUCGCGGAGCCGGACUGUGCAGGCAGGCGACGACACCCACACCACCGACCGCGGCGGUCGGAGCCGGACACGCAGCCGGAGCCGGACGCGUAGUAGAAGUCUCGACCGCAGUCGGAGUCGGAGUCGGAGUCGAAGCCGGAGCCGGAGUCGCAGUCGCAGCCGCAGUCGCAGCAGUUCACCGCUCGACGACCUGGAACUGGCCAUGCUGGGUAUGGCGCCGUCGGCGGCCGACAGCGGCCACACGCGACGCAACGGCAGCAGUGGCCGGCGGGCCCGUCGUGGCAGUGUCGACAGCGAUUCGAGCGGCGGGCGAUCCCGCUCCCGGUCGAGGUCCCGGUCGAGGUCUCGCUCUCGCGACCGGUCGCGAAAUCGGGAUAGUGACGACAGCGAUGACAGCAGAAGCCGUGCGAAGAAGCGGAUGCGCCAUGUCAAUGGACGCAUUCCCAAACGGCGGCAGCCCAAAGAGUCGUCCGUGUACAGGUCAGUCUUCCGUUUCCAUUGUGAAAUUCAUGCAUCAUGUAUGUCGCACUAA